ACGAUGUGAGGUUGCGCACAGGCAGAACGACCGACGCAUGAAGAAGCGCAACAGGAGUUGAGCGCGCCCAGUCUCUAUUCAACUCUAUCCAGAUACAAUUCUAAAGUUGGUAUUGGGAUGUACGACUUUUCUCUGUUUCCGUGGAUUUGAAUAAACGACGUUUUUAUUUAAUUUUGUUUUCAUCUGCCUUCACUUGUAAUCUCUUCGUGUUAGAAAAGUUGGUAUUUGUUUUACAAAAAUGGAGCGAAAAACGCCGGGCAAUCUUUCGUGCUGUUGGAGCUUUCUUCUCGCGUACUUCUGGUGCUGUAAUCUCACCGAGUGUUACAAUUUGGAUGUAGACCACCCCAUUAGUUUCAGUGGACCAAAUGGAUCUUUAUUUGGAUAUUCUGUAUUGUUACACAAGAACCAGAAAAACACAUGGUUAUUAGUCGGAGCUCCAGUUGCGAAUUCAUCUUCCUACCCAGCCGUAAAAAAACCAGGAGCAAUUUAUAAGUGCAGCAUCUCGGACAAGAGAGAAUGUCAACAAAUAUCAACAGGUGUGGACAGUUGUGGGAAGACAUGCUUCUCUGAGAGUGACAACCAGUGGCUCGGAGUCAGCCUGUCCAGACAGCCUCGUGAUGGCCAUGUAUUGGCAUGUGGGCAUCGUUGGAAGAACGUGUUCUAUUCCAGGAAAGAAAACCAGAAUAAGCUGCCUCAUGGUGUCUGUUACAGAUACGAGGCUGACCUCAAACAGUCUCAACCACUCAUCCCAUGCUACAAAGAUCACCAACGGAAGUUUGGUGAGGACUAUGGAUCAUGCCAAGCAGGGAUAUCCAACUUUCUGACUGAGGACUUGAUAAUUAUGGGAGCCCCAGGGACGUCGUACUGGACUGGAUCUGUCCUGGUCUACAACACCUCCAGUAGGAUCCUGUCUGCCUAUGUGGAUGACAGCAGCACUGUCCUCUAUGGCAGUUACCUGGGCUACUCGGUUGGGGCCGGCCACUUCCUCCACCCUGACUCCACAGAGAUUGUAGGCGGUGCGCCCCAGCACGGGCAGACUGGUAAGGCCUACCUAUUCAGAGCUGAAGAAAACAUGCUGAAGAUAAUCAGUGAAGUCAAGGGCAGCAAGCUCGGCUCGUAUUUUGGUGCCAGUGUGUGUGCUGUGGACCUGAAUGGAGAUGGCCUGUCUGAUCUACUGGUAGGAUCUCCCAUGUACAGCACCGUGAGAGAGGAAGGACAAGUCCAUGUCUACAUAAACCAAGGAGCCGCUAAUAUGAAGGAAGCAGAGUUUCAGUUGGUGGGAAGCAACUCGUAUGCUGCCAGAUUUGGGGAGACCAUAACUGAUCUGGGAGAUAUUGAUGAUGAUGGCUUUGCUGAUGUGGCAGUGGGGGCUCCGCAGGAAGAAGAGCUGCGUGGGGCUAUAUAUAUCUACAAUGGGAGGAAAACAGGGAUCUCUCAGACCUUCUCUCAAAGGAUCACUGGCUCUGUUCUGGGUUAUGAGUUAAAGAUGUUCGGCCAGUCUGUGUCAGGAGGCAUCGAUGUUGAUGAAAACGGUUACCAAGAUGUAGCAGUAGGGGCCUUCCUCUCAGACUCAGCUGUUGUUCUGAGGACUCGUCCAGUAAUAGUGGUAGAAGCCUUCAUGCCCCUGCCUGUCAGUGUAGACCGCUAUGUAGCGCUGUGUUCUGACAACGGUCUUCCUGCUGUCUGCAUCAAUGCUACAGUCUGCUUCAGGGUCCAUGCUCGACACUUCACCUCUUCAAUAGUGCUCCAGUAUAAUCUGACAGCAGACACACAGCACAAGGAGUCCUUCCCCUCACGUUUCCAUUUCCACGGAAACGGGACGUCCAACACUACAACAGGGCGGGUCAAGACCAGACACGACCACCUGACCUGCGUCCCCCACCAGGCCUUCAUAAGGAAAGAUGUCCGAGAUAUCUUCACACCCAUCCAUUUUGAGGUUUCGUACACUCUCAGAGAUCACACUGUCCAUAACGGAGGAUCCACUUUCCCUGCUCUGAAACCCAUACUGCAGCAGAGAGGGGGGCACGGUAACCUGGUGGCCAAUAAGACAGAGUUUGCUCGGUACUGUUCAUUGGCCAACUGCUCAACCAAUCUGCAGGUCUCUGCUCAACUGGUGUUACCACAGAGAUACAACAACAUGCCGUACUUUGCACUUGGCAAUGGGAAGACCAUCAUGUUGAACACAACCCUGGUGAACACGGGAGAUGAUGCGUUCCUCCCCAGACUCCAGCUCCGAUUCCCCAAUAACCUGCACUACAUCAAAGUGCUUGACGCAGAGGAGAAGUUUGUGAGCUGUGACAUUUCAGAGGAGAACAAGACAAUAGUAGGAGUGGAUUGCAGUGUGGGAAACCUAUACCUCAGCUCUGGGGCCAAGGUCAAUAUCAGUUUUCUGUUGGAUGUGAACCAGAGUAGUAGUGUUGGUGACGUUAGCAUCUCCAUCAACGCUAGUGGGGACAAUUAUGAAAACGAGGAUCUUCUGCAUGACAACUCUGCCACUCUGAUGUUACCACUGAGAUAUGGAGUAGAUGUCAACAUUCAUGGGUUUAUGACUCCAACAUCCUUUGUAUUUGGUGACCAGGCACCUAUUCCAGUUGAUUGCUACACAGAGACAUUCAACUACACUUACAAGGUUGUCAAUAUUGGUCCAAGCAAAUCUCUCAACACGAUAGUGGAGAUUGAUAUUCCCAAGAUCCUGUCACCAUAUCCAUACAGAUUACUCCACGUCACAGACUUCCAUACGUCUCUUGGAGAAUGCUCCAUUCGAAACGACUCCAUUGCGGUGGAGGAUGACUGUGAGGUGCCACAGUCCUCUUUCAUCAAAGAACUGGUCUUCUUCUUCUCCAAAACCAGCAAACGCAAAAUGUUCUGUGCCUAUGGUGAUGACCUGUGCCUGACUCUGGAGUGUAGACUAGGAGAUAUGGACAUUGGGAAAGAAGCCACCAUUCACAUGGAAGUGAAGCUGAAUCCUACCGUUCUACAGCUCUCACCUGGACGUCAUGGAGUGAUGCUAAUGGAGAGUACUGGCAUUAUCACAUCACCAAGGGAGGACCCUCAAACCAUCAUCCUACAGAAGAUCCCUAUCGCUCAGGUUGUGUUGGAGGCCCACUUCAGCCAGAAGCCUCAGGCAGCAGUGGAGGUGUUUAUCAUUGUAGUGAGUCUACUGGUGGGACUGCUGAUCCUGGCCCUGCUCAUCUUCGCCCUCUGGAAGGCUGGUUUCUUUAAAAGGCAGUUUAAGAAGGAGGAUGAGAUCAGGAGGGAUAGCUGGGACUAUGUACCAAAACAUUUGACUAAGACUGAGAGUAGAUCCUAAGAUUGAGAUCAAGACAGAGUGACUGUGUCCUAAUACAGAAUGGUUCAACACUACAACAUGGACUAAGAGGCACAUUUUGACUGAGAUCAUCCAAACCCAAGGGAAAGAACUGUUGGACCAUUCAAAUUGUGAUGGCUCAGAAUGACAAGGAAAGAAAAAAUGUCAUUUCCCUAAAACAUGCAAGAGGAAAAGGCUGACGAAGUGUAAGUUUAAAAUGUGUUGUCAGCGGGACAACUAUAUUACACUUUACCUCUGGGUCUGGUGCAGUGAGACUAUAACACAUUGGAGUGUUUACAUUGAAUGUAUGUUAGAACAUGUAAUGUACAUUAGAACAUGGACUAUGUCCAUUAGAACAUGGACUAUGUACAUUAGAACAUGUCAUGUACAUUAAAACAUGGACUAUGUACAUUAGAACAUGUCAUGUACAUUAGAACAUGGACUAUGUACAUUAGAACAUGGACUAUGUACAUUAGAACAUGUCAUGUACAUUAGAACAUGGACUAUGUACAUUAGAACAUGUCAUGUACAUUAGAACAUGUCAUGUACAUUAGAACAUGGACUAUGUACAUUAGAACAUGUCAUGUACAUUAGAACAUGGACUAUGUACAUUAGAACAUGUCAUGUACAUUAGAACAUGGACUAUGUACAUUAGAACAUGUCAUGUACAUUAGAACAUGGACUAUGUACAUUAGAACAUGUCAUGUACAUUAGAACAUGGACUAUGUACAUUAGAACAUGUCAUGUACAUUAGAACAUGUCAUGUACAUUAGAACAUGGACUAUGUACAUUAGAACAUGUCAUGUACAUUAGAACAUGGACAAUGUACAUUAGAACAUGUAAUGUACAUUAUAACAUGGACUAGGUACAUUAGAACAUGGACUAUGUACAUUAGAACAUGUCUUGUACAUUAGAACAUGGACUAUGUACAUUAGAACAUGGACAUGGGCUACAUGAUCUCAUAGAAAUAGGCUUAUCAUUCCUAUUUUGAUUUCCUACCAAGAUCUCAGGAAGUGAAAACAGAACUUGAUAAAUAAGCACAAACCGAAACAAGAAGGUACAAUCUGUACCUGUCCAUUAAUUGAGGACUGCUCAUUUUCCAUUGCAAAACAUUUUGCCACGGUCUGCCCUAAUGAACAUGGCCCAAGUCUCACAGACCUGACUACUUGAAUUGGGUCGAGGUACGAAACAUUUAUGAAUGCACUGCUGAAGCUUUUCUUUAUGCAUAGGAACUUCAUCUGUAUACACUCAGUGGCCAGUUUAUUAGGUACAACACCUUGUUCACGAAAAUGGUUCAUUCCUACAGACAGUGAGUCACGUGGCUUGCUAUAUACAGUGGGGCAUAAAAGUAUUUAGUCAGCCACCAAUUGUGCAAGUUCUCCCACUUAAAAAGAUGAGAGAGGCCUGUAAUUUUCAUCAUA